AUGACUGAAGCCAAACAAGAUUUAAUUGAAUUAUCAUCAAAUCCUUUAGAUGUAUGGAUAAAUACACAUUAUGAUGAAUUGUGUGCAGGUAUGAUGUGUGAAAAUGCUUUAUUCUGCAAACCAUCAGACAUGAAAGACAAGAAUUUUCAAAUGAGUAUUAAGGAUAAAUGUGAUAGGAAACAUAGAAGAAUAGAUGGUAAACAAACAUGGUGUUAUGUUUUGAAAGAAGAAAUGAAAGGAUUAUAUAAACAGGUUGAACCAAACGAUAAUGAGGAUUCAUUUACUGAUGAUGAAAUACCUGUAAAUGAAGCUUUAUAA